GUGCCACGUGAUUCGUUCUCCCCGUCCCAUUGGACAAGGACCUGACAGCGGAAGUGCCAGCUUCCUUAAAUUACUUCCGCCGAGGCGGGCCUUCCUUUCGCCGCAAGCCCUCGAAGGAAAAUGGCGGCUCAGAUAUCGAAGAAGCGAAAGUUCGUGGCGGACGGGAUCUUCAAGGCCGAGCUCAACGAGUUUCUGACCCGCGAAUUGGCCGAGGACGGGUACAGCGGCGUGGAGGUACGAGUCACCCCGACAAGGACCGAGAUCAUCAUCCUAGCGACCAGGACUCAGAAUGUGCUGGGUGAGAAAGGGCGCCGAAUUCGUGAGCUGACUGCUGUUGUUCAGAAGAGAUUUGGUUUCCCAGAAGGAAGUGUUGAGCUCUACGCUGAAAAGGUUGCCACUCGAGGGCUUUGUGCCAUUGCACAAGCAGAAUCCCUGCGCUACAAGUUGUUGGGAGGCCUUGCUGUACGAAGAGCCUGCUAUGGUGUUCUCCGUUUCAUUAUGGAAAGUGGAGCCAAGGGCUGCGAGGUAGUUGUUUCUGGAAAACUUCGAGGCCAGAGAGCCAAGUCCAUGAAGUUUGUCGAUGGUCUAAUGAUCCACAGUGGUGAUCCUGUCAACUAUUAUGUUGAUACAGCUGUGCGACAUGUACUGCUGAGACAAGGUGUGUUGGGCAUUAAAGUUAAAAUAAUGCUGCCUUGGGACCCAAGUGGGAAAAUUGGACCCAAGAAACCUCUCCCUGAUCACGUCAGCAUUGUUGAGCCCAAGGAUGAAAUCUUGCCAACAACGCCCAUUUCAGAACAGAAGGGAAGCAAACCAGAGCAACCUGUGAUCCAGCAGACUGGGCCAGUUCCUACUGCAUAAUUGGUGUGAAAUCAACUGAGAAUUUUCUGUAAUUAUGCAAUAAAAUGGAUUAAAAAAACCGUGUUGUUUGUUUCAUUAAACUCAACACGCUUGGCACAAAGAACUGCUUCACCCCAGGUUCUGAUUAUUACAUCAGGACUGAUCUAUGUGAUUUCCUCAUUUAAAAAAACUCUGGAUACUGUAUAAUUUGAAGGUAGAUUCAAAAGUUGUGUGAAAAAGAGGGUUGAUCUUUGAACUGUCAAAUAAAUACUGUCGCUGGAGUUUUGAAAUAAGUAGCUUCUGGAUAUCUGGUGCGCUCGCUGCUGAAAUUGUCACUGGGAUUAGAAACUUGUCUUGGACAUUAAAUAUUUUGGGAGGGCUUGAGGGAAGCUGGUAAGCAGAAGAGCAAAAAAGAUCUUUCUGUAAAAGCCUUGAAUGCAUUCAAGAGUGGAUUAAUCUGACCUCCCAUGAGGCAAGCUUUAAGAAGUAGUAUAUUUUAUGGAAUAAAGUUUGGAAAAAUA